UGUGAGCGAUCAGCUGACAUUUGAAGGAGGGUGGUCAUGUGACCCACUCAGUCACAACAAAGAUGGCGGCGGUGGAGACGGAGCGGAUCGGCAGAGUUUGUGCUGCGAUCUGUCUGCUGUCUGUCUGCAGCCUGUGCAGAGGACACACACAGGACAGACAGGUGAGCACACGGGACAGACAGGUGUUGAUAGAGUUGAACCCCGGCUCUCCCUCGCCGCCUCCUGGCGACCUGCUGCACGCGAGAGCUGUAGGAGACAAUGACACGCUUCACUUCCUGUUCUGCAGCCAGGGGGCACCAACCCUGCUGCUUGUCCACACCAACACUUCUUUUUCUACUGUCAAGGUGAACUGGACCCAGUUUAACAAUCGGACCCACAGCGGUGGGCUGACGGUGGAGCCAGAGAGCAGCAUCCUGUACAGCACUGCCGUCGUCUUCAACCGGCUGUUGGAGUACGAUGACGUCAACGACACGGCCGACCCGACCUCUGACCUUUUCCCGCCGUAUGACCUUCAGGACUUCAGGUGGUCUCGCCUCAACCUGUCGGGUCUGACCGCUCUGCUCUGCGGAAAUACUGCCGCCUCCUCCAACGGAUCGCUCUGCCUGCAGCUGUCGUUGUUUGAGACAGAGGGGCGUGGUCAGCACUGGCCCCGCCUCCUUCACACUGCUAACUCCUCCCAGUUGAGGGUGUGGCUUGACGGUGUGUUGCCACGGGCAACUCGUUCCAGGUUCCUAUUGGAGCUCCAGUCAGUGGGCGGGGCUUCUCCUCUGAGCAGAGUGGAGGUUCAUCGCUCCAUAGACGACGAGUUCACGCCGUCCAUCUUCAAGGUGUCUCAGUGGACUUCGGCGCUGAACAACAGUUCUGAUGUUCUGGGUUUCGUCCAGUGGAAGCCGGUGGCGUACCGUCAGGCCGACCCGGCUCUGGAAGACGCCGCGCCGUGUCGUCACUCCGAGCCACGGCCUCAGAGCGGCGAGGCGGUGGCGGCAGUGUCUGGUCUGAUCCGAGCGUUCUACAAGGAACCGGAGGCGACGGGCCUGAACGUGAGCUUCGGGCUGGCGGGUGAUCCGUUCUACAACAGCACCAAGUUUCUCAGCUGGACGCUGCUGGUGGGCGUCGGCUCGCCGCCCGUGGACUCUUUCUCGCCACUGGUCAUCGGCAUGAUGGCGGUUGGUUUGGGAACUCCCAUGAUCCUCCUGCUGCUGGGCGGGAUCUGCGUUUGCACCCGGAAGAGGGCGGUGGCAACGGCCUACGAGCCAAUCAACUGAUGGCAGUUUUUGAUCAUGUGACAUCACUCUGCAUCAGCCAAUCAGGACUCAGGAGACUUUUAAACAUGUUUUUACCUGAUGUGACACACUGCAAGAAGACUUCCUGUCUGUGACUGUCAACCAAUCAAAAGCUCAGCUCACUGCAGGUGUUUGAACAGAACCACGGAGCAGGCCUGGUUCUGAACCUCAAUAAAACGUUCCAACUCAAA